CCAUGUAGAAAAAAGACAAGAAGAAUGAGGUGUUGGACAAAGAUUUUAAGACAGAAGGAAUUAUUUAUUCAUAUAUAAAUAGUUGAGUUGAGUUGAGAAGGCGCACUUGUUAGUAGAGAGGGGUGAGUGAGGGAAGAUGUUUCCAAGAGAGAAUCAUAGUAACGGCUAUGAGCAGGUGGGUGGCAUGGAUCACACCCAUUCCCACAUCCACAGAGAGCGAGUCCGUCGCGGCACUCGCAGGUUACGUGGCUCCUCUUCCUCUCCAUCUCUUAGGGUUUUCGACCAAUCGCAACCGAACCACCACCGACCUCCCUGCACUGAUUUCGACGUCGCCUACUUCCAUUCCUACGCUCACCUCGGUAUCCACCAGGAGAUGAUAAAGGAUCGCGUGCGUACUGAAACUUACAGGGAAGCAAUCAUGCAGCACCAGAGUUUCAUUGCAGGCAAAGUUGUGGUUGAUGUUGGAUGUGGUACUGGAAUCCUUUCUAUAUUUUAUGCUCAGGCUGGUGCAAAGCGGGUGUAUGCAAUUGAUGCCAGUGACAUUGCCCUGCAGGCAAAUGAGGUUGUGAAAGCCAAUAACUUGUCUGAUGUUGUUGUUGUAUUGCAUGGACGAGUCGAGGAUGUUGAAAUUGAUGAAGAGGUGGAUGUUAUAAUUUCGGAAUGGAUGGGCUAUAUGCUUCUAUAUGAGAGUAUGCUUGGAAGUGUUAUUAAUGCUAGAGAUCGAUGGCUCAAACCUGGAGGUCUUAUUCUUCCUUCAAGUGCAACGUUGUACAUGGCUCCUGUCACGCAUACGGACAGAUACAACGACAGUGUUGACUUCUGGCGCAAUGUUUAUGGAAUUAACAUGUCUGCCAUGGUACCAUUAGCUAAACAAUGUGCAUUUGAAGAACCUUCCGUAGAGACAAUAACUGGUGAAAAUGUUUUGACAUGGCCACAUGUGGUAAAGUACAUCGAUAGUUAUUCUGUUACCAUCAACGAGUUAGAAUCUGUAACAACCAAGUUUAAGUUCAAUUCUAUGAUGCGAGCACCACUACAUGGUUUUGCAUUUUGGUUCGAUGUUGAAUUUAAUGGGAAUGCAAUAGUAUCAACCAAUUACAAUUCAACAACUUCAUUUAUUGACAAUCAUCAGAUGAAUGGUAGUCAGAGGAAAAAGCGAACAAAUCCAAAUGAAGCACUGGUCCUGUCCACUGCGCCUGAGGACCCUCCAACACAUUGGCAGCAGACAUUGAUAUACUUUUAUGAUCCCAUAGAGCUGGAACAAGAUCAACUCAUUGAAGGUUUAGUGACAUUGUCGCAAAGCAGAGAAAAUGCACGAUUUAUGAAUAUUCACCUUGAAUAUACUUCAGGUGGUCGAUCGCAUGUGAAAGAGUCUGUUAUGAGAUGAUAAUUUAAUUUCAUGUACGUGAGCAUUGUCUUUCGCAUCAACAUUCUCGGACUUCUGCAUAUAUAAUUUCUGACUCCGUUUCUCCUAGAGAACUGUGGGUAGGUGUUUGUUCUUCAAAUCACUAAUCUCUGCGUGCUAGAUUAGAAUGUAGCAACUGACGAACUUGUCACACCAUAGAGUUAGGCCAAUCACAUGCAAUUUUGUUGUAAUUUACAUCACUGAGGCGGAUUACUAUCGUGGGGCUUUCGCAUAUUUUGUUUCAAUUAUCUAUUGGAUUCUUACUGUAACAUAGAGCUGUUUUUGAACUGUACAUCGCGUGCGUAUUGAUAUAGACUUCAAUGUAUCAUCUUUGAGCAUCGUUGCCA